AUGGUCAGAACAUGCUGUUACAUAUUCAGCAAGUCUACCAUAGUGUGCGGUAAAAUGUUGAACAAACAAAGCAACGCCAGCAAGCCUCACCAAGUUGCCGACUACUACGAACGAAGUUUUCUUCCGGGCAUAGCUGAGUUCUUGAUGGACGGACAAGCUGCAGAAAAUCACCUGAUGCCUUACAAAAGCGUACUGCAUUCGAAUUCCAGAACUGAUAUCAUCAGUCACUAUUUGACUUCUUUCAUCAGGCUGUCACUCAAUUGCGACCAGAUCAGCGAACAAAGAUCUCUCAAAGAUGGACAAGGUCAGCUCGACUCAACACCAUCCAAUUUGUACGCAGCUGGCUACUUGGAAUCGGAAUUUACCGCGCUGUUCGACGAUGAAUGGGAGGCUAUCGAUGUUGGCACCAACAAAGAUCUAGCUUACUAUGCUCGAGAAUAUCUUCGAAUCGUGUCGUAUAAGAUAUGUAGUGGAAUUCUGCCCGACAAGUUAGUUGAUGAGAUGUUGGACCAUGUGGUACACGCUCUAGGGAAGAGCAGAGAGCUCAUUGAAGCUGAAGAUAUUCGGAGCGUAGAAACUCAGUCGGGAAAAUCUAAUUUAGACCUUCUUUCAAUGGCCUCCACUAUGCUCAUGAUUCCGUUUGCCACAAUGCUGGACCUCGAAAAUGUUUUCAUCGGAGGGCAAGCCCAAGUGGAAGAUGGUUUGAACAACGAAGAAGCAACCACCAAAAUACAAUCGUAUCUACGCUACUGCUUCAAUCCUGAUUUUAGGGAUGAACAAUACUCUGCAUACACCAUGCAGAAGGAGAAAAUCAGGCAGACUUUGGACUACGCGCUUGCUGUAGACAUUGCCGGUCUGAGGUUGAGUCUGCGGCUGUUCGCCAGGCAAGAGAUUGGCUGUUUUCGCGAUCGUUAUGAUGGGCCCGGUCCUUGGACUGCCGAGCUUGAUGACUCCAUGAAUUGGAUGUGA